AUGGAGUUAAAAGGUACAAUGAACAAUAAUUCUAUGUUACUCAUCGACUUCUCGAAUGCAUUUAACAUGGUAGAUCGUACAACACUACUCCAAGAGGUCAGAUCACAUUGUCCUGCAAUUGCUCAGUGGGUCGAAUUUUGUUAUGCUAAACCGGCUCGGCUAUACUAUAAUGAUUUCAUCCUAUCCUCGGGUAAGGGAGUGCAGCAAGGUGACCCCCUUGGUCCCUUGCUCUUCGCGCUUACUCUUCAUCCUGUUGUAUUGAGCAUCGCCUCCAAGUGCAAGUUAGACUUAAAUGCGUGGUACCUCGACUACGGCACCAUUAUUGAUGAUACGUUGGAAGUCUCCAAGGCCUUGGCUAUAAUUCAAUCUGAAGGUGUCCGCAGGGGUCUGCACCUCAACAUCACCAAAACCGAGUUAUUUUGGCCUACACCAGAUCCACGGAGUUUAAUUCCAGGCGUUUUUCCGGACAACAUUGGCCGACCCUCAACCGAUGUCAAGCUCUUAGGUGGUCCGGUCAGCCUAGAUUUACAGUUUAGCAAGGAAAUGGUGAUGCGGAGAGUUACUAAAACCAUCAAUCUCAUGUCAGUCGUCAAGAAGCUCAAGGAUCCGCAAAGCGAACUAUUAUUAUUGCACAAUUGCACUGGGGUCUCAAGAUUAUACUUUACUAUGAGCACAACAAACCCCUUAGCAUUGCAGCAAGCUAUGACUCACUUUGACGAUCAUCUCUUUCAAUAUUUGCGACAACUUAUUACUGCAGACGGGGCAGGUUUUGGUCCAUUGCAAUACCGCAUCGCUACCCUUCCAAUCAAAGACGGAGGUCUUGGCGUGUAUACGAUGCAGGACACCAGCAAUUACUGCUACUUGGAUUCACAGUUUCAAACUCGGGCUAUACAAAACGUCAUACUGAAGGACACCUCUACUACCAGCUCAAGCCCAACAUACCAGCAAGCCUUAGAAGCCCACAUCCAAGUUUGUGGUCUUACCUCUUCCUCACAUAGCUUUGACGAUAUAUCCCCUCAAUCUAUGCACUCUCUGGCUGUUUUAUACUUCGAAGCAGUUUAG